UCCUCAUAAAUCGAACAGAAAAAAACAUGGCAUUGGAAAUAAGAAAGUGGUACUUCGGUAAAUGUUAUUAGUAGAUAGAAGGCAACAAUUCGAUGGCAUGAGUCGUCUUUCUUACUCUUUACCUCGCGAGAGAGAUGAAGAAAACACACGAAAGCAGUAAUGAAAAUAAACCGGACGUCGAUAAAGCCAAACGGGUGUACAGGGCUGCUGUGGAUGCGAUAAAGCGACUUGAUGAGGUUUUAAAGCAAAGGAAGGCCUAUAGGGAGGUGUUUACUCAAGAUGCUGUGGGACUACGAAACAAGUUAAAGGAGUACAGUGAGAGACUCAUGUUCUACAACCCUAUUGAGUAUGGAAGGAAAGCAGAGGAUGUCCUGUGGCGGAAAGUCUUCUAUCAAAUCAUACAGCUUGUAAAACAAAAUCGAAAGCAUGUACGACCUGGGAGUACAUUGGAGUCUGCGUUCCGAACUCACCUGGCCUCAGCAACAGGGUACUACAAUCACCUCCUAUUUAGGCUCCAGUACGAGUUUUGUCUGAACCUUCACGGUGUCCUAGACUUUCAUUUGGUGCCAGAACAAAAGACAGGUCACAGGAAGAGUUUUGGACAUAACAGCCGGAGAAAAGAUGUCAACCCAAAAGUCCAGGACUGGGCCAUGAAGGCGUGUCAUCGCUGUCUUGUGUGUCUUGGUGACAUUGCACGUUACCAACAGGACUUUGAUAAAGGGUUCAGUAAAUCAGCUUCAGAACGUUUCUACCAUCAGGCGAUAGCUUUGUGCCCAGACAAUGGAAUGCCACACAACCAGUUAGGAACCCUGAGUGGGUCACGUUACAUCCACUGUGAGGCUGCCUACCACUACAUACGCUGUAUGGUGUGUGAAAAACCGUUUGAAGGAGCUGAAGGCAACUUACAGCGACUCUUUGAAAAAAAUCGCAAGAGAUUCCUAGAACUAAAACAAUCAGCAAGUCACAGUGUUCCUGUGGAACCACAGAGUUUUCAGGACCUGAAAUUUUUCCUGACCCAGUUCCUGCAUCUAUUGAGCAUCUUCUAUGAUACAUCCAAGAAUCCAGACUCUUCAGAGUUACAGGAGAGUUGCCAGGCAACACUUCAGAGCUUUAACUUAUGUAUGUUCCAUGAGCCUGAUAUCUACAGUCGAGAAGAUUACCGUCUCGACGGACUGCAGCACCUCGAUGAUGAUAUGGUCUUCAAGCUUGUUGUCAUGUGUAUGGCUACAAUCCACCUACUGCAGUUACGAGGUUCCAGACAGGUGACUGCGGCCACAGCAUUCCUUCUGGCACUGUUCUCACACAUACUCAAUCACGUUGUCAUCCGUCUCCAUGCAGCCCUAGACGAGAAGGAGAACCCGAACAAACUGCUUCACAGAGAUUUUCAUCAAGAUGUUGAUGAAGAAAUGGAAGAUUUUUCAGACCCAGAGGAAAAUGGUCGCAUUUCCCAUCAUGCACAUGGGCAGGAAGCAGACGAAAUUCCAAUUCCCUCCCAAAAUCACAAUAACAGCUCUCAGUACAAAAGUGUUGUAAACGAAAAUUCAAUGCAACAUGAAAUGUCAGAGAAAUCAAAGUCAUCUCGGAUGAAAAGUUUUAAACGACGGAGAAGAAAACGGCACAACAGUGAUGGCAGUUCAGACCUGUCCGAUGUCUCUGACCUCAGUGAAGGUGCCGAACAUUUAUCUGACAACUUCCUGUCUGGAGAUUCUGAAGAAGAGGAAGAAGAAUUUGUAGGAUUUUUUACGAAUGAAUCUGACUCGGAUAUGUCUGAUGCUCUGAUGGAAAGCCAGGAGUUGGAACCAGGAUUUGCAGAAGCAAGCAAGUCCUCCACAAACACAAACUCUCAUGAUCAACAGGCUGUUUUCCCUGGUAGUUUGCCAGAGGCUAAUAAUGCCAUUUGGAUUAGUCAGGCAGAGAAUGAAAAACUUGCUCAUCUUUCUUCCGAACUUUAUUCAUCCUCUGUGUCUUUCUUGCGACAAAAUGUGAAGUUGUCCCCACAGAAUAGCAGGUCAUACGAAUGUGAUGUGGCUGAAUUUGAGAACUGUAAAGAUGUGAUUCAAGGCAAGAAAGAAGUACCUGUUCCCCCAGGUUUUGCAUCCAGCAAAGAAGCUCUCCAUGUGGCAGAAAUCACCAACAAACUCGCAAACUUUGUGAUAGAAACAGAUACUGAGGCCAGCGUAGCCCCUACAGACUCUGAACAAUCAGGGGCUGACAUUGAAAAUGAUACAGAAACAGAAGAUUACAGUAGUACCUCUGGGUCCGGAGACAGGAUUGAUACCAGUCAUCGACAGCUGAAGUACACAAUAGAUGUGGUUCACAGCGAGGGUCUGCUGUCCACUGUCAAACUUAUGUGUGACUGGAUGAGGUGUAACAGUGGCGUCAUUAUGACCUGUGCCCAGAGCUCACAGUCCCUGUGGCAUCGCCUUUCCGUCCUAUGUAACAUCCUACCAGUGGAGACUGUUUUGGCAGAUCACGACCAGUGUUGGAUGGAAGAGGUGAAAACAGUUCUUUGUUCUGUCCGUAACCAUGAUUGGCAGCAAAUAUUCCCACUACGUGAGGACAUAAACCUCUCCCAGUUCCCUCCCUUGGCUGAAGCUCAUUCUAGUCUCAAGCUAAAUAUUAAACGUAAAGGACACAUCUCCGAAAUGCAGGAGUGUUUCCUUCGAGUGGGCUGUAUACGCCAGUUUGGUCACUUCCUAUCCAGUUUAGAAAACCUCAACUUCCAAUAUGAUGAGGAGCAGAAGACAUUUGUAGGCCCCACUCAGCCAGUAGAUACCCAUGAGAAUGAAAAAGAGGCCAUGAAGAGAGUGGCCGAUGAAGAAAGCAGACGGAACCAGUUGAUGAGGGACAUGGCACAGUUACGACUACAGGCUGAAGUCAGUCAGCUGGAAGGAUCACUGGAUAUGCCUGACCACUCCAGCUUCCCGCCAUACCUCAUUCCAGACCCUCAGUGUCUCUGUGACUGCCUCAAUAUGGUCAAACAGCUCUUACAGUCCGGCAAAGGCAUCCUUGUCAUCCCAACGUCUGUGAUAGAUACGCUUGAUGUUCUGAAGAAGGAGUCGGGGCGGGCAAGGGAGGCAAUUCGCUGGCUGGAGGCAGAAUUCCGUAAAGGAAACAGGUACAUUCGAGCACAGAAGAGCAACGAAAAACUCCAAGAUAGCGCGCCUAAACUCCUAAAGAAGGACAAGGCAAUGUGGUGUCUGUUUGAAAUCUUGAACUGUGCCCGCUAUCUGGCCCUGCAGGGAGGUGAUUUGAAUGGUGGAAAUAUGGUGGCAGUUCUAACUUCGAAGGAGACAGACAGAAUCAGUUUACCACCUGUUGUGAAGAAGAUGUUGACAGCACAGGAAGGAGUGAGUAUGACCAGCAUAUCUUCCUUUCUGAGUAAAUGGAAAGAUGUCCCUAAAAGUAAAGGCUGAAGUCAGUCCCCAUGAACCGCAAAACGCUCUGGAAACAAUUCCACAAUACCUGGUGGUAACCGCAGAAGGCAACAAGGGCAGAUAACCCUCGAAGGGAAAAUCAGCUGAAAUACAAAUACGCAGUGGUACAUGUACCCAUGGUUUAACCAAUCAUCUUUCUCCCCAAUGGGGAUGGGACAACUGUUUGCUUUACAAGGUCAAUAACCCAGAUUUGAUCAGAAUCACGUUGAUGUUUUGAAGACAAAAUGAAAUUCUAGUAGACAUUAGUAUGACCUGUAAGCACAUCAAUAACCCAGAUGAGAUCAGAAUUGAUAUAUAAAUGUAUACCUUGAGUGUGGUCAGACAAGGUUUACUUCACACCACACCCCUUCUGUUAAUCUGUGAUACAUCAGUAACUAAGAUUUAGGGAUGUAUGCUAUAUGCAUUUGUAUUACAUAAUAUAUAUGCAAUUUAACAUUUUUUAUUCCCAAGCAGUGUGACAAUUAUUAGUGAUUCCAAAAUAUAUAUUAUAUGCUCCUUAUUAACAAAAUAUGUGUUGAGUUAUUUUGAAAUUAUGUUUUAAGACACAUGUAUUGUCAACGAAUCAUUUUUGAAGGCAAAGAAGUGAUUUUCAGCUUAUAGAAACAAUUCGUUUUGGUAGGCUGUUUACACAAUCUUUAUAAUAUUAUAGAGAAAUUUAUCAUUUUCAUUUUCUCCAUAUCAUUUUUAUUUUCUCCAUAACUUAAACAGACAAAAGCUGUUAAAGAGAAUUUAAAGAAUAAUAGAUCAGUAAAGAGUUAGAAGUGUUUGUAAAUGUAGAGAUGCUGUGGAAAAUAUAUAAGAAUUUACAAUAAAAAUUUUAAAGGUUUUGA